CUUUGGUUGUUUUAUCGACUAGAGUUCUGGUUAAUUUACUCCCCUUUUUCAAAUGGGUUUCUUUUUCAUGGCAAAUUAAAUCCACAGUUUGUUGUUAUUUCAGGGAAGUCGAAAGAUAAGCGCAGAAACAAGCAUAGAAAAGGUGAUGCCCAUACGGAAUUCCUACAAUUGUCAAAGGAUGACUAUUUUGCAAAGAAUAAUGAGUUCGCUGCCUGGCUAAAGGAAGAGAAAAAUGUGUUUUUCUCUGAUCUGUUGUCCGAGUCAGCACGUGAGUUGUUUACAGAUUUUGUCAAAGCUUGGAAUAAAGGAAAACUUGAUUCACACUACUAUGAAGGCAUCGCAAGCGGACCCCGCACAUCCCAUAACUGGAAGAUCAAGAAGUAACUUUAGUUUUAAGAGCAGUCGUUUGAUCCAAUCUAUGUGGAACUUUUAUUUAGCUCCAUUCUAACCACCAAACUUGAUACAGAAAAUUCAAAUGUUUUUUUUCCUUUAUCGGUGUAAAUUCAUUCUACAAAAAUCUACAAGAAUUAGUUUCGGGAAGGAAAUUGUUUCUUGAUUGUAUUUCAUGAAAGUCAAUUAUGAGUAUCAACAUAAUUCAGUGCAAUAAAAUAGACUAGACAAUGACUAACUAA